UAUUGAGUUCGACCGAGACUGUGACUACUUUGCCAUUGCUGGGGUGACAAAGAAGAUUAAAGUCUACGAGUAUGGUACAGUCAUUCAGGACGCGGUGGAUAUUCACUACCCUGAGAAUGAAAUGACCUGUAAUUCCAAAAUCAGCUGUAUCAGCUGGAGUAGUUACCACAAGAACCUGCUAGCCAGCAGUGACUAUGAAGGCACCGUCAUCCUUUGGGAUGGAUUCACGGGACAAAGAUCCAAGGUCUACCAGGAGCAUGAGAAGAGGUGCUGGAGUGUUGACUUUAACUUAAUGGACCCAAAGCUAUUGGCUUCAGGCUCCGAUGAUGCCAAAGUGAAGCUGUGGUCUACCAACUUGGACAACUCAGUAGCAAGCAUCGAGGCCAAGGCUAACGUGUGUUGUGUCAAAUUCAGCCCCUCUUCUAGGUAUCACCUAGCUUUUGGCUGUGCAGAUCACUGUGUUCACUACUACGAUCUUCGCAACACUAAGCAGCCGAUCAUGGUGUUCAAAGGGCAUCGCAAGGCAGUCUCCUACGCAAAAUUUGUGAGCGGGGAAGAAAUUGUCUCUGCGUCAACAGACAGUCAGCUGAAGCUGUGGAACGUAGGGAAGCCUCACUGCUUGCGGUCCUUCAAGGGUCACAUCAACGAGAAGAAUUUCGUAGGGCUGGCAUCCAAUGGAGACUACAUCGCCUGUGGAAGCGAAAAUAAUUCCCUUUACCUAUACUAUAAGGGCCUCUCAAAGACACUGCUGACAUUCAAAUUUGAUACAGUCAAAAGUGUCCUGGACAAGGACCGGAAAGAAGAUGACACAAAUGAGUUUGUGAGUGCUGUAUGCUGGAGGGCACUACCAGAUGGGGAGUCCAACGUGCUGAUUGCUGCUAACAGUCAGGGUACAAUUAAGGUACUGGAGCUGGUAUGAAGGGUUUUCUCUCAAGGCAUGAGGUACUUGGUCCUGCAGAUAUGCUACAGUAUUCAUCUGGGAUCCUCAGCAGGACAAGAAACUGAAACCACCUUGAUGUUCCUCCCCAAAACCAUCAUGUUUGGGUUUUUUUCCAUUUAUGAACUUUCUAGGACAUUUUGAGACACUGGAAACACCAGUGAACUGUCUGCCAUCAACAUUAACUCCACAGACUUUGCUGCUGCUGGUGGUGGUAUGGUUGUCUAAUUUUUAUGAUAGGAAAACAAAUUCUUUUAAAUAAAAACAAAAAGGAAUAAUAAAAUUUAUUGAGCCACAAGCU